UUGAGUCCACAGUAUUCUUGCUAUUCCUCUCUUCUUUUACCUAGAAGCAAUCUGCACCAGUUUACACUCCUCGAGUGUAAAACAGUCAAGCCGUGUAUAAUAUAAGUACACUCUGGAGUCUCCUCACCAAUACCUUAGCAAUACGGCAAACGGUCUGCCUUCAAACUCUUUCUCCUCUUCAUCAAUGCAGAACAGCAGCGUCCUCAUAGUUCACCCAUCUGACUACCGGUUCCCCAUGGCUACUGGAAACCCAGCAGGAAAGUUUGGUGGUCGACACUACAGCCUAGACUCUCCCGGAUCUCUCACAAGCCCUCCGGCCUAUGACAUGCCAUUGAUGCCUGGAGCAGGCCCGGAGCAGAAACCAGGUGUAUCGGCCCUGUCUAUGCAGAACUCUUGUGCUGGUGGACAGAUGUCAAUGUCCUCCUGCUCUCCUCCAUUCUCACAGAUCAACCCUUUGGUUUACAGCCAUCCUGGGCAUGCCGGCCUCCUUCCAUUGAAUUCCACAUCUCUAGCAACAGUCCAUGCUCCCAACAGUCAUGCAGGCAUGUACUUGCACCAUCCUUCUGCUGGGCCAAUGGUUCCUUCAUCAAUGUCUAUUGGUCGCUCUGAGCCUUACAGAAAAGGAAAGCAAAGGCGUCAUAGAACCAAUUUCACCAGCCAUCAGCUAGAAGAGCUGGAGAAAGCUUUUGAAAAGACACGCUAUCCAGAUGUUUUCAUGCGUGAAGAGCUAGCUAUGAAAAUCAGCCUCACAGAAGCAAGAGUACAAGUUUGGUUUCAGAAUCGUAGAGCCAAAUGGAGAAAAGCAGAAAAGGCAGCAGCAGCUGCAAACCAGAAGGACAGCAAAGACUCUGAAGAUCAAGAGAGUCCUGUCUCCUCUCCGGCUCCGAGUGAUGGCAAAGGAGCCUCCAGUCCAAAGAAAUCAACCAGCAGUCCUCUCUCUAGUCCCCCAGCAAGGAAAAUGCACCCAUCAACCGGUGGAAACGAGAGCUGGACAAGCUCACCCGUAGACUCAUUCUCACCACCAACGUUCCACUCUCCGCCCCAAUCUCCCUCCAUCAUUCCAACGUCAUGCCCGACUCCAAACCCGAUACACAGCUACACUCCUGAGUCACCCUUUGCAGCAAUGGGCAUUGUAAGUCAUCAGACACCCACUGGAACAGGUGCACCAACAGGAGCUGGUCACUUUACUAAUUCAUACCUGCAAUCAAUGACAAGAUAUGCCCCACACUGCUAGAUUUUCCUCUCUCUCUCUCUGUCUCACCUCCUUGCUCGCUCUCUCUCUCUCUCUUCCUGACAAAGACAAAGUUGUUUUUUCAAAUCAUCCGACAAUGAUAGGUUAUCAAUAUCAUCUGUCUCUCUCUUUUUCCUCUCAUUCCCUCCACUCAAGCCUUCAUACUUCAUUGUGAACUUUAAAUUUUUUGAUCAUUGAGCUCCUUGGCAAUGUCAUAAAAAUAGGACAGCUCAAUUAUUAUUAUUUAUAAUUAUUAAUUUAUUUUUGUUACUAGUGUGUUGGAUACAAAUCAUUAUCAAUAUUUCAUUUCAAUCCCUCACUCAUCAGUCACAAUCUUUCCCCUCCACUUCCAGACAAAACUAUUGUUAUUAUUAUUAUUAUAUUAUUAUUAUUAUUAUUAUUAUUAUUAUUAUUAUUAUUAUUAUUGCAAAAUUCAAUCAUUACUAUCCCUCUCUAGUCUUAAUAAAUUAAGUUGUUUCUAUUAAACUAA